AUGCAGGCCCGGAAACGAAAACUAUCGACUCACUCCCCCCGUUUAGACACAAUAAUCCAAGGGGAAGAGCUUGCGACAUUCUGUGACAAAAACGACGACGAGGAUGAAGCCAUCUACGACCUUUACGAUCCAGAACUGUUCGCAGGAUUACCCGUCGUCCUCCAGCUCAUUGGGCGCACUGUCUUGAUGAGGAGGGCGUCAUUGCAAUGA